AUGGAUCCUUUCAAAAGAACUUAAGCCUAGAGAGAAUAGUAAUCAUAAGAGGGGGCUAAGAAACAGAAGUAAUAAUUGUACUAAAAAAAAUCAAGGGAGGAAAUCAGAGUAGAAUUAUCUAGAAUGGUAACCAAGUUUAAACUGAGAUCUAUAAAUGUUUUGAGAACUUUAGAUGCUAAUUUCUUUGCUCGAUUUGCCGUUUUUAUUGGACUUUUAUAUUACCUUAGUAGGUUUUCUAAGCAAUUUGAAGCAAGUAAAUAGUAUUUAGCUGAGCCUGACAGGAAUUCUCCAAACAGAUUUUCUAAGACAUUUGGUACAGAGAAAGAAAUAGAUUAAAUUUUGGAAUAAAUGAGAAAUGAGGAAAAAGAAUAAAAUACUAUAAAUAAGGAAAAUAUCAAGUUAUUGUGA